ACUGUAGCGGACCUGAAGGGGCAUUUUCCCGCUCACAUUCUGCAAAACACAAAUAACAGGAGCACCAUGCUCAGGAUUACCCUUUUGGUCUGUUUGAUAUUUGGCGUUGCAGCUAAGCCAUAUAAACAAUGCAAUCAGCUUAACGAUAAAGCAUUCCAGGACACAGUCAUGUCAAGAAAGAGAGCUUUAAGUGUGGAAGUGGAGCCCCCGGAGGACAUGGAUCAAACUGACAUUGACAUUGAUCCAAAAAUGAAGAUUUGGGAGAGUAUGUCCGCCACUGGGAACGUAAAACAGGCCGUGGUGGCUGAAGAAGACACGGAUGAUGUGCGCCAUCCCUCGAACAUCAAAGAUCAGUUGCAGAAGAACCAGGCCAGGCGGGGAGAUACCGACACAAAGUGCCAUUCUGCCCCAGAUGGAGACAGAGAAGAACCUGAGCAGGACUUUGAUGCAAUCUACCACAAAGCCAGGGAAGAGCUGCAUAGAUACUCGGCCCCGCUCACAGCUGAAUACAAAUACAGAGUCCGCUUUCCUCAACCUGUACCAGAGGAGGGUGAACCGCUUGCACAGGUCAGACGUCACGUGGAACCAGAGGAGGACAAGGAUGACAUGCACCAUCCUGACGUGGAAAGCUGGAUCCAGUACCAAGACGACACCAAAGCUGCUCCUGUUGAUUGGCCAUCUGAGAGCAAGUACAGCCAACCAGAGGAAGAACUGGAUCACCUCUACCACCACUGAUCAUACCACAGCGUGUAAAGUGCAUUGUAGACCCCCACAAUGUAUACCAUUGGACCAUCCUUCAUUUGUUGUAAAAGUAAGUUGGACAACAAAUAAAUUACGUUCUAACAGU